CACCGUGUCGAAUCGAUCAAUAACACCGGUCUUAACCGGACCGUCACCCCGCUUAUUCAUCCCUCCUUCAAUACCGUGACUGAAUAAUUCCACAAAUUCAUCGAAUUUUAGAAUUGUCUUCGGGAGCUUUCUCGAAUCACUGGAGCAAUCAGCGCUUGUUCAACACUCCGGGUAGGUACCAAUACGUUGGGGUUUAUACCUUGCAGCGCCUGGCAGCGGCAGUGCCUCGGGAUAGCCAGGGAUCGUGGGCGCAGCCUGAUAUAGGCUGCCACAACGCUCAUUUUAUUUGGAGAAGUGCCAGUGCGCUGCUUGUCGUCUCCUAUCUUGCCACUCUUUCCCUUCGCCCCUUCCGACAUGGCAUCCCAUAGUGCUGCUGCACGAGCCUCUCUGUCCUUAAGCAUGCCCUAUUCCGGAAUCAACAACAGUCUUUCCAGUCGUGUCGUCGUCUAUGAAGGAUGGGUCCUGAAGAAACGGCGCAAAAGGAUGCAAGGGUUUGCUCGCCGCUACUUCACUCUAUAUCAAUCUGGCCUCCUCUCUUAUUCCUUCGAGCCCGGUCAACCUACUCGAGACCAGAUUUCACUGCAUCACGCAGCUAUUUCCACAGCCCCAGGACGAAAAGACAUCCAUUUGGAUUCGAAUACUGCCACAUUCCACAUUAAGUGUUUAAGCACGGACGACUUCAAUCAAUGGAUGACUGCGUUUAGGAAAUUCGUUGUUGCAGGUGCAGAAAUUCGUAAAUCAAACAGCAUAAGAUUAGCAUCCCGUCAACAAGGCAACUUCAAAUUGAGCAGAUCAGGCGCCAUUGCCGACGACAUGAGCACAACCAUAUGUCAACUUGAAGAUGCUUUGGACUCUCUCAAGGCCGACGUCAACACGAAGAAACAUCAUAAACAUAAGAACGAGAAGGAGAAGAAAGAUUCCGCUUCCAUGUUCGGAUUGUUUAAAAAAGUGCCACAUGUUACUUCAGACGUCGGCUCUGAUAGCAUCCGUUCAGAAUGUAGUACAAAUCUAGACACUUCGUUGAGCUCUUUCCAGCGCGUCCGUCUAGCUUUGGACACGUUGAAAAGUCAACAUACUGCCUUACUUAGGUCUCUUCAGACACCCACACAGGCCGAGGCUGUCACCUCCGCUCAUGUAUCACCCCUUCCAAUCACUGAAGAGGAGGAGCAUAUAGUUGCUCCCCAUAGUCCUAAUAUCUCAUUCAAACCUUCCAAGCGCGCAUCGAUCGCUACCACCAUUACUGAUAGCAUCAACGAGUGGUUUGACGCCCCAGAUGGCUUCAACGAGGGCGCCCAAGAGUUUGUAUUGGAUGUCCACGCUUUCCCAGAUGGUACGGAACAACCGAGCCGAAUGCUGAGUAACGACAGCAGGAGCAGCUUGGAUCAUGGAGAAGACUCAAGUGUCGAUACGGACAUUGCACAAGAACCGGGCCCCACCAGGUUACCCAGUGAAGAAGCUAUCCAACCCGAUGCAUCUGCUUAUGCUCUCCAGGUUGUUCGACGGACCCGUUUACCAGCGCCUCCCGUUGGUGACGAAGGCAGUCUCUUCUCCAUGCUCAAGAAAAAUGUUGGGAAGGAUCUCUCAACGAUAGCGUUUCCUGUAACCUUCAAUGAGCCGUUAACACUGCUCCAAAGAGCCGCCGAAGAAGUGGAAUAUUACGAUCUUCUUAAUCAAGCUGCUGAUACAGCGGAUCCAGCAGAUCGUAUGCGUUAUAUUGCAGCAUUUGCAGUCGCCAGCUAUGCACAUACUAGACAUCGCUCAGGCAGAAAAGGAUUUAAUCCAAUGCUUGCCGAAACGUAUGAAGAUGUGCGGAUGAAAUUCAUUGCUGAGAAAGUUUGCCAUAACCCAUUAGAGAUGGCGUAUCAUGCCGAGGGGAAGGGCUGGGAAUUAUAUGCUACAUCUUCUGGUAAGACCAAAUUCUGGGGUAAAAGUCUGGAGAUCAUCCCGCUGGGUACAACACAUGUCAAAAUUGGAGAGGAUCACUUUCACUGGAAAAAACCUUCCUCAUUCAUGAGAAAUCUCAUGGUCGGAACAAAAUACCUGGAACAUUGCGGCAAACUUACUAUUGAAAACAUGCGAGACUCAAGUCGCUGUGUUCUUGAUUUUAAGCAGAGCGGUUAUUGGGCAGUGUCCAAUGUUGUCUCUGGUACUCUAUAUUCCCCGUCGAGCAACAUCGUGUCGCAGCUAGAAGGUAAAUGGGACGAACAGCUUGCUGAGACAGUGGACUCCUCUCACUUGCGUAUACUGUGGAGAGCGACGCCGUGGCCCAUAGACACCCAUCAGUAUUAUGGGUUUACGUCCUACGGAAUCACGUUAAAUGAAAUCACGGACGACAUUGUUAAUUGUUUGCCCCCAACUGAUUCUCGUUACCGACGUGACGUCCGAGCGCUUGAAGAAGGUGAUUUGGAUUUAGCUGAGGAGGAGAAGACACAUGUUGAGGAGUUACAACGGGCCCGGAGACGCAGAGGAGAAGAACGGCAGCCGCGGUGGUUCAAGCAAGUCGGAGAUGAAUGGAUCUAUAUUGGCGGAUAUUGGGAAGCUAGAUUGAAGGGCUGGAAGGAUACAGAAAUCCUGCCUCUCUGGUGAUGUGCUUCGUAUUCGCUUGGUGAUACCCAUAGGUGUACAAUACUCCUGAUACUAAUCAUCAUCUGGCAUAGAGUACAUUACGAUCUGCUGAAUAACAACGACAUAGUGAUUGUUCGGAACAAAUUUCAA